AGAUCAAAUCCAAACUCUACGGUUAUUAUUAAGUGUGGUAUGUCUGACAUUGGACCAGUAUUUGAGAGAAUAUAUGUAUGUUUGGAGGCUUGUAAGGCUGCAUUUGCUAAUACAUGCAGGCCUUUAAUUGGGUUGGAUGCUUGUUUCUUGAAGGGAGAAUAUGGCGGUCAAUUAAUAGCCGCAGUAGGUAAAGAUGGGAAUAAUCAAAUGAUUCCCAUUGCAUAUGCAGUUGUUGAAGCAGAAACAAAAGACUCAUGGCAAUGGUUUCUGGAUCUUUUACUGGAGGACCUCAACAAUGUUCAGCAAAAGCAAUAUGCAUUCAUUUCAGAUCAACAAAAGGGAUUGGUACCGGCCAUUGCCAACAUUGGGGCCCAUGUGGAACACCGAUUAUGUGUUAAACACUUGUAUGGGAAUUGGAAAAAAAAAGUAUCCUAGAGGACAUAUGAAAGAGCUU